AAUGGCACAAAUUGAAAGCUUAGUUUUGCACGCAGCUUACAAUUACUGAAGAGAUGGCCGACGAGCAGCAGCAGCAGCAGCAACAGCAGCAGAAGGUGCAACAGGAACAGUCCUGCCCCGCUGAAAGAAGACGGCGCCGAGCCCAGCCGAUGCCUCCGGACAACAUGAUACGCAACUCCAUUGCAAGCAGUCUGACGCAGAUUAUAGUAAAUAUGCAAGAUGAGGACAGUAAGCAAAAGUGCCGCGAGCUUUUGCAGGUUGACGAUUUGAUUCAGGGUGCCCAUAUUAAAAUUCUAACUGUGCUGGAGCAGAUCGAUCUGGAACGUGAGCAACGCGAACGUGCUAUCAGCGAGCGCAGGCAUCGCCGCAGUAAUCAAGAGAAUUAAAAUAACAAUUUAGCAGAUAACGAGUACUUAGUGGAGCAUUGAGACACAACUUUGUAUACGUAACUCAUUAAUUAAAGAUUUAAUAAUAAAACAUAGCGUUUAGACCACUCA